CUUGGACUGGGAGCGAUAGGACUCGGAUACAGCCCGGAUAUAUAUACCACCAUGCUCACACAAGAUCUGUAAAUAUCGUGCACCUGCUCUCUUGCUACUCCCAUAAGCUACAUUUUCGCCGACACCACUUUGUGACGUCGACGCUGGUCCUGGACGUCAAAGUUCUCGAAUUACCUCUCUCUCUAUCACUCUGUGCUCCCUUAUCCUGAAAUGGCCUCAGAGCAAGCUCUCGUAUUCCGAUGGGGUAUCAUCUCCACCGGAAAUAUUGCCACGGCUUUCAUAACGGACAUGCUGAUUGACCCGAAAACACGAGAUGUUCACGAUGUCGUGCAUAAAGUCGUUGCUGUGGGCUCUCGCAGUGUCGUUUCUGCGCAGAAGUUUAUCGACGAGAAGGCUGGCGGCGACAAGAGCAUCAAAGCUCUUGGAAGCUACGCUGCGGUUUUUGCUGAUCCUGACGUCGACGCAGUCUAUAUCGGUACACCACAUACAUAUCACUAUCAGGCCGCCAAGUCUGCGAUUCUUGCCAAAAAGCAUGUCCUCCUCGAGAAACCCGCUACAACGAACGCAGCCGAGCUCCGUUCCCUCAUCGUCCUCGCCAAAGAGAACAAUGUCUUCCUGAUGGAAGCGAUGUGGACUAGAUUCCAGCCGGUGGCAAAGGCGGUCAGAGCCUUGAUUGACGGAGGCAGCCUGGGGGACCCUGUUGUCGUUCACGCGGAUCUUUCAGGUGGCUUCGAUGUCGAGAAUUUGCCGGAGACACACAGGAUGAUGGACCCGAAACUUGGCGGUGGUGCCAUUCUCGAUUUGGGUCCAUACCCGCUGGUCUGGGCUAUAAUCGCCUUGUACGAGCAUCCCUCUAACAAGUCACAGGCACCUAGCAGCAUUAGCGCCACCAUGCUCAAGACUCCUACGACAGGAGUCGACUGCAAUACCUCAUUCACUUUGACAUUCCCUUCCAUCCCUGCACUUGCCACCCUUUACGCCUCCAUGGACCUCAAUGGCCUUCCCACGCAAGCAUCUGCGAGCAUCCGUUUCCGACGCGGGAACAUCCUCAUCCCGCAGCCUCCGUACUGUCCGAAAUCAUAUACCGUACAAUGGGUGGGUAAAGACGGGAAGAUCGAGAGUGAGGAAACGAAGGAAGUGAGCUGGGAGGGCGGAGGAUGGCAUUUCCAGGCCGACGAGGUGGCGAGGUGUGUCAGGGACGGCAAGCUCCGGAGCGAUGUUUGGGGUUGGGACAAGAGCAUAAUGGCAAUGGAGAUAUUCGACGAGGUCCGCAAGCAAGGUGGCUACAAGCUACCCGAGGGUGUUGAGCAGGUUGUGUAA